AAAAACAUUAGGCAAGAUAACAUUAUUAACAUUUAGUAAGUUUGUUAUCAUUUCGAGUGGCUAAGAUCAAAUAUUAAUCAAAGAAUUAAAAAAUCACCGCAAUAAGUCAGUUAUCAGUGAUUUUCCAAGGGGAUAAACACGAUGGCACCUCAGGUACCCAAAAUUAAGUUGAACAAUGGCACAGAAAUCCCCGUAAUAGGACUGGGAACAUGGAAAUCCAAACCCGGUGAAGUGGAACAGGCGGUCAAAGAUGCAAUCGACGUCGGCUACAGACACAUUGACUGUGCAUACGUCUACGGCAACGAAAAAGAGGUUGGGGCGGCCCUUAAGGCCAAAUUCGCCGAUGGUACUAUCAAGAGGGAAGACAUUUGGAUCACUAGCAAACUGUGGAACACUUAUCAUAGACCAGAUUUGGUGGAGAAAAACCUGAAUAUGACCCUGAGUAACUUGGGGCUGGAUUAUCUGGAUCUGUAUCUGAUCCAUUGGCCUGCUGGUUAUAAGGAAGAAUUAGCGGACUUCCCUAUCGACGAAUCUGGAAAGAUGCAAUUCAGUGACGUUGACUACGUGGACACCUGGAAAGCCAUGGAAGAGCUUGUUCGUAAGGGUUUAAUCAAAACCAUCGGUCUGUCCAACUUCAAUAAAGCACAAAUCACAAGGGUCUGGGAUAAUUCCACUAUUAAACCUGCUGUUCUCCAAAUCGAAUGCCAUCCUUACCUAAACCAGUCAAAAUUAAUUGCUUUUGCCAAGUCCAAAGGGAUUGCCGUGACUGCUUAUAGUCCCCUGGGUUCUCCUGAUAGGCCUUGGGCUAAACCAGGUGAUCCACAGCUAAUGGAAGAUCCAAAACUGAUCGAGCUGGCUAAGAAAUACAACAAAUCACCAGCUCAGGUGCUCCUGAGGUACCAGAUCGACCGUGGGGUCAUCACUAUCCCAAAAUCGGUCACGAAGUCUAGGAUCCAGCAGAACUUUGAGGUUUUUGACUUUCAGUUGACCCCAGAAGACAUUGAGUACCUUAACAGUUUUGAUUGUAAUGGGAGAUUGUGUCCUUUGGCCGCUGGAUACGGCCAUAAAUACCAUCCCUUCGAGAACGAUGAAUAUUAGGGUUGUACUGAUUUAAAAUAUAUAUUUGUAUGCA